AUGGUAAACCAUCUGGUUGGAGGGAAUUUCACGAAAACGAAGAAUGGUGGGGUUGCGGUUUGUUGCCAGGAUCCUUCCAACAGUACAGUACAGUUUGUCGAUCACAACUUAAAAUGUGAUGGCCUAACAAAAUGUGCCUGGCAGUGUCAGCAAGAUCCUACCUGCUUAUCAUUCAAUUUCAUGCUCCAACAUUAUCAAAAUGCCUCUCUCAACCCUAUCACAAUUGAAUGCAACUUUUUCAUAAGCAAAUGUUACAGUGUCCUGCCGAUUCAUAGAUGCUCAUUUUUCCAAAAACAAAAUGUGCAAGUUUUCACUGAAGAUGAUAAAAAAGUUUCUUGCUCGUUACCUUACACCUCAAUUGGUGAAAUAAUCAACGAUUGCUUAAUCGGUUCAAGUUGUUUAAAUGGAAACGGAGCUAAGUCAGUAUGCACUGAAAACAAAUCAAUAAGUUCCACGCUUACUCGCAUUAAUUUGUUUGUCCCGAAUAUUCCAACGCCGAAUGUGACAGCUUACACUACAGCGGGAUGGCUGGUCAUACAUCAGGCCAAUGUUUCAUCCAAUGAAAGCUUCAACAAGAAUUGGAAUCAAUACAAAUAUGGAUUUGGAAACAUAGAAAAAGGCAACUACUGGCUGGGAAACGAGUACGUCAGUCAGCUGACAUGGAUGAUGCCCAACGUAACCUGGCGUCUGCACGUCAGCGUCCAAGCAUCUGCCAACAAGAAGUUCUACUCCACUGAGUACUGGAGGUUCAGAAUUAAGAGUGAGAAAGAAUUGUACGCCAUUGAACUGGCAGGCAAUGUGCCGAGAGAUGCUGGUGAUGCUUUCAGUUUCACUAGUUCAUCAACGUGGGCGACAAAUUUGAGAGCGUUUUCCACUCCUGACAAGGACAACGAUGAAUGGUCUGGUGGCAACUGUGCUGAUCAGAAUGGAUGGUGGUUCAACUGGUGUGGAGUCAGUGUGCUGACGAGCACUCCUCAAAGCUGGGGAACUGUGAAAAGUGCAACUGCAGCUGCUGAUUAUAAUGUUAUUUAUUCCACCAUGAUGAUUAUGAUCAAUUGA